GAACGAGCAGUUAAAACUGAUUCUGCUGAAGAAUAUAUUUAUUAUAACUGCAAUCGUAGUAAUACUAUAGAAUAUGUGAGUCAGUGUAGCCAACGAAAUAUGAAGAAGGGAGGCAGCAUUAAGAUAUCUGGAUUAUGUCCAUCAAGAAUUUCUGUUAAAAUUAACAGUUCUGGAGUAGCGGUUAAAUAUAUCGAGACACAUGUUGGUCAUAAUGAUGAACUUCGAUCUAAACGUCUCUCCAAUACUCAGCAGGAAAUGCUUGCAAACAAACUUGUUGCCGGAGUAACUAAGGAAAGAGUUCUUGAAGAUGCAAGGUUCAUCAAUGAAGGAAAAUUAGAAAGAAUGAAUAUUUUAACAAGAGGAGAUCUCUCAUAUAUCAUUCGAAAAUUCAAUAUAAACAAACAGCGACAUGCAGAUGAUAUGACAGCAACAGCCUUAAAAGUGGAAGAAUUGAACAGUCAAGAUGAAAACACAGAAUCUCAAAAUACUGUUUCCAUUGAUCCUAGUACCAAGGCGUGA